AAAUUUAUUGAAGUUUAGAGUGCAUAGUAAUCUUUGUUAAUGUGCCGCCAUUGGGUAAUAGAUUAGUAGAUAAUGUAUUGUAGUGAACUUUAAGAGUAUGAAGAUGGGGUGAAUUUUGGAAGGAAAAUUUUUAAGCAGCAGAAUGCAUUUGAUGUUACUGUCUGGACAUUGAGAAAGUGGGUCUUUUAACUUCCUUUUUUGGUAAUAUUUUUUUGUGGGGUUAGAAAUUGUGCUGAUUAUUUUAAUGAUUUGCAUUCUGUCUGUUUUUAUGCUAAUGAAGCAUAAUUAAUGUGAUAGCGUUGGGGUUUGAAGUCUAGUCAGCAUGACUGGGUGUAGUCAUUGGUUUCCAUGUGGUAUGCUGUAAAUAAAUCUCCGUAGCAUUUAGAAUGUGGAUGAUAUAGAUUUUCCAUGAUUCAAGUUGAGCAUUUAUUUCUGUUAAACUAUGUUCCUGUGUAUGAUCAUGAUGCUUGGUAAAGUUCUGUCAAUCGGAAUUGCUUGUGAUUGCAUUUGUGACUUGCUUGGGAUGGGCUUGCUUGUCAGCAGAGCACAAUACUGGCUUAGAUUUGGAAAAACUUAUACUCAUGGUUUGUUCAGUUCAUCUUUUCAAUGUUUACAUGGGUGUCCUUGUUAACAAUAUAUUCCUUCAUAUAAUAAUCUGCAGCAUCAAAAGAUACCUACACUCACAACAAAGAGUGCUUGAUGACAUAUUAUUGCUGCUAAGACUUAAAGGUCAGUGCUUUGCAUCUCGCCUGGAAAGAAUAUUCAUGGUGCUUUGUCCGAUUGAUUUCUGGUGAUUUGGAUUCGCCCUUUAUGUGGCUUAGUGCCAUAUCUUUGUCAUGCAUUGCUCUGUGUCUUGUAACUUUUAUUCAAAUGCUGUGUGCAUACUAGUGCAAUGGCAACAUCUAGCAAGUUUGAUCCAACUUCCAGUAGCCCAGAUAGACCAUUGUACACUGGGCAGCGUGGAUCCCACAUGGCUGCUUCAUUAGAUAGAUCAGGUAGCUUCCGUGAAAGCAUGGAAAGUCCUAUGUUGUCUUCUGUUACAAGCAUGUCAAGAAGCGGCUCUUCAGCAACACAUGGGGAUGUGGUGAACUUUUUCAAUUGUGUGAACUUUGAUCCGAAAUUGUUAGCGGGAGAGCACAAGUCUAAUCGUCAAAUAGAUUAUAAACGUCAUGUAAAUGUUGCACUUGGAAUUUCACCUGAUGAAUCUCCGUCUAGUUCUUCAAAAGGCAAGCUAGUACCAGAAGAAAUCAAACGACUGAAGGAUACCUUGUAUGCAAGCCAUUUGAAGGCGAGGGAACGUGUGAAAAUGUUCAGUGACGCCUUAUCGGUAUUCCACAAGGUUUUCCCAAGUAUAACUUCAAAGAAGAGAUCUCGGGCUGAAGGGUUUUCUAGUGAUCGAUCCAAUGCCAUCUUAAGUGAUCGGACAGUCUUGGGGCCAAGCAUAAGUAAGGUCGGAAUUCAAGGUCAUGCAGGUACUUUUGAACUUGAGCAGCAAAAGUCAGAAGAACGGACCAAAAAUCCUGUUCCUAACAAGCGCACUCGAACUUCUAUGCUUGAUGUCAGGAUGGAUGUGCGAACCAAUUCUCUCGUCAGGCCAUCUGGACCUGUGGACAGAGAAAAGGAAAUGCUACGGAUUACCAACAGUGGUGCUGUUCAGGGUGAGGAACGAACCUUACCUAUUGGAGGUGAUGGUUGGGAAAAGUCAAAAAUGAAGAAGAAGCGUUCCUGCAUCAAACUAGAUGGUUCUCCAAACACAUUGACAAAACCUGUUAACACCUUCCAGGAGACUAAACAGGGAAUGCAACAAAGACUUGUUGCUGAUGGCCGGUCAAAAUUAAGUAACGAUUCUCAUUCUUUCAGGCCGGGGGUAUCUAAUGGAACUGUUGGAAGUGGAAAAUCAGAUGGCAUCUCUCAACAGACUGGGUUGGCCAUCCGUACCUCUACCCCUAGAAAUGACCAAGAUAAUGGUUCCCUUGUCAAUGAGAGGCGGGGUCGUCCUGCUAGUUCAGACAAGGAAAAGGUGAACUUCAAAGCUGUUAACAAGGCAACUGUUCGAGAUGAAUUUAAUUCUGCUAGCCCCACCUCUGGUACAAAGAUGAAUUCUGCUAUUCGGGCCCCACGAUCAAGUUCUGGAGUUGCCCCCAAGUUGUCACCAGUUGUCCAUAGAGCAGCUGUUCCUAAUGACUGGGAGCUGUCUCAUUGCACCACAAAGCCUCCUGCUGGUGUUGGUACAAACAAUCGCAAACGUGUGGCAUCAGCACGGUCAUCUUCCCCACCUGUUGUUCACUGGCAAAGGCCGCAAAAGAGCUCUCGCACUGCUAGAAGAACAAAUUUCAUGCCCAGUGCUUCAAAUAACGAUGAAGCUCCUUCUUCGGAUGCUGUCUCUGAUGUGGCUGGUAAUGAUGCUGGGCUAGGAUUUGCUAGACGCUUGGUUGGCAAUUCGCAACAAAAUAAAUUAAAAGGCGAUACUUCAUCUUCAGCUGCCUUAUCUGAAAGUGAAGAGUCAGGGAUGGCUGAGGUUAAACCACCAAAAGAGAAGAGCAGGAAAUCAGAAGAGAUUGAACAGAAAGGUGGACAAAACAUUCAAAAGGUGUCUAACUUGGUCUUGCCAACAAGAAAGAAUAAGAUUAUAUCUGGAGAAGAACAUGGAGAUGGUGUUCGAAGGCAGGGAAGGACAGGACGGGGUUUUACUGCCUCAAGGUCUCUGGUGCCAAUGACAUCUGAAAAGCUUGGAAAUAUUGGAACUGCAAAACAACUUAGAAGUGCAAGACUAGAGAAGAAUGAGAGCAAGGCAGGUCGUCCACCAACUAGGAAACUUUCUGACCGUAAAGCCUAUGCACGUCAGAAGCCUACUGCUGUUAGUGCAGCAGCAGACUUUAUUGUUGGGUCAGAAGAUGGACAUGAAGAGCUGUUGGCUGCUGUAAAGGCUGUUAUCAACUCUGCUCGUGCCUUUUCCAGCCCGUUCUGGAAGCAGAUGGAGCCUUUCUUCAGUUUAAUAUCUGAGGAUGAUAUUGCUAACUGGAAGCAGAAGGAAAAUCUUGAAUCAAGCACACCGAUGCACACUGAUGAAACCAUUGGUAAUGGAUUUGGGCUGAAUGGCUUUGAAAGAGAUGUUGGCCUUGAUGCUCAAAGGAGUACUGGAAUUAUUGCAGAGCAGUUACAACCAUCUAAAGGAGAUCAUAGUUCAACUCCUCUCUAUCAAAGGCUUAUAGCAGCAUUAAUCUCAGAGGAUUGUGAUAGUGGAGGUGAAGAUUUCAAGUUUGAUGCAUACGAUGCUGAAUUUGAGACCGACGGGGAGUUUGAAUUGAGUGGCUUGGAUUAUCGAUCACGAACUGAUUUUCAGUUUUGUUGUCCUUCUGCUUAUAAUGGUUAUCGGAUUUUUGGGAAUCCAGAACAUAAUGAAGGUGAAAAUGAUGUAGUUCGUAUUCCAUCAACUGGGUUAAAUUCAAGCCUUGCUAACUCUGUAAAUGGGUUACUCCAUGAUAAAGAAUCAAGAUGUUCAGAGCUGCAAUAUGAUAGCUUAGAUAUUAAUGAUAAGCUUCUUUUGGAGCUUCAAAGCAUUGGAAUUGCCCUGGAACCAGUGCCUGAAAUGUCACACACAGAUGAUGAACGAAUAAUGGAGGAGAUUGCUAGGGUAGAGGAGCUUUACCAAGGACAGGUUUCCAAGAAGAAAGGCAUGCUAGAUGGAUUGUUGAAUUCUGCCACAGUGGGAAAAGAACUUCUAGAAAAGGAUUUUGAACGACGUGCCAUGGAAAAACUCAUUGUAAUGGCUUAUGAGAAGUACAUGGCUUGUUGGGGUCCUGGUACCUCGGGUGGGCGAAAUUCAAGCAACAAAAUGGCCAAGCAAGCUGCAUUGGGAUUUGUUAAGCGGACAUUGGAACGGUGCCAUCAGUUUGAAGAUACAGGCAAGAGCUGCUUCAGUGAGUCUUCCUUCAAGGAUAUGUUCGUUGCUGCUGCUACCCAGCUUAAUGCUGUCCGGCAAUUAGAUGGAAUGGAGGCUGAAUCCUCAAAACCAUAUGUUUCUCCCCUUACUCUGGAAGCAAGAACAGCCUCCAUGGGUUCACAGCAGAGCCCUUCACAAUUUAGUCAGAAUUUAGAUAAUCAUGAGCUAAGUUCAUCAGAUAUGUUCCCUGCUAUAAAUCAUUCAUCUGAACAAAAUGGUGGGAAGGAGGACCUCUGGUCAAAUAGGUUGAAGAAGAGGGAAUUGUCCCUUGAUGAUGUUGGUGGUACAAUAGGUACUUCAAGUGCUCCUGGCAUUGUAAGUUCUCUAACAAGCAGUGCAAAAGGAAAGAGAAGUGAGAGGGAUAGAGAUGGAAAGGGACAUGGCAGAGAGGUGCUAUCUAGAAAUGGAACUACAAAAGUUGGUAGGCCUGCAUCAUCCAGUGCUAAGGGAGAAAGAAAAUCCAAAGCAAAGCCUAAGCAGAAAGCAACACAGCAUUCUGUUUCAGUCAAUGGCCUCGUUGGCAAGUUAUCAGAGCAGCCUAAAGCAGCAUUCCCAUCUAGUUCAAAAUCAAAUGAAACGUCUACUAAUAGCAAUGCCAAGGAAAAGGAUGAGUAUGGCUUGGGUGGUUUGGAUGAACACGAGCCUAUAGAUUUGUCCAACCUACAGCUACCAGGAAUUGAUGAUCUUGCUGACCAAGGUCAGGAUCUUGGUUCAUGGUUGAAUAUUGAUGACGAUGGAUUACAAGAUAACGAUUUCAUGGGCCUUGAAAUUCCCAUGGAUGACCUUUCAGACUUGAAUAUGAUGGUCUGAAGCUGCUUUCUUUGUAUAGUCCUGUUCAUUAUACCAAUAACAAAGGAACAAAGUACUUAUAAGAAAUGACUAGUCACAUAGGAUAGUCUUAUGGCUAAUCCUGUCCACAAUUAGGUUAUAUAGAUUCUUUGGUAGACUCUCCAAGUUGGUUUUGAGUGACCUUUCCAUCUGUUUCAGAUUUUGCUCAUGUCGAAAUUCGUGACUUCCACUGUAAAGAUCUUUUUGUUCUAGGUACAAUUUAGUAUUUCUAGUAGAUUAUAUGUUAGCCACAGUACCCUGGUUGUAGCUCUUACAAAUCAGAGACAAGGCCCCUUGUACAUACAUUUAAUAUUUCUAAUAAAAUCAGCUUUUCAUUUUCUGCAGUAA